CGGGCGAGCAUGGAGCGCGAGCUGGAGGCGCUGGCGGCGGCGCCUGCGCUCCCGGCCGAGCCGCCCUUCCAGGCGCUGGUGGAGGCGGCGGGCGGCCGCGGGCAGGUGCUGCUGGUGGGCGAGCUGUGGGAGCGCGAGCCGAGCCGCGCGCUGCUGCGGGACUUCGCCCGCGCCGUGUUCCCGCCCGAGCCGGCCACGGCCAAGCCGGGCGGCACCGCCGCGGCGGCCGAGGGCGCGGAGCCCCGGGCGGCGCGCGCCAUCCGCUCGCCGCUCGUCUUCGUGCUGUGCCGCGCGUCCUCGCUGGCUGCCCGGGAGCCGCGGCGCCGCCUGCGGGAGAUGCUGCGCGACGUGCGCGGCCGGCGGCGGGCCGGCGCGGCGCUGGUCGGGGUGCUGGUGGCCGAGACCGGACCCGAGGACGCGGCGGCGGCGGUGGCGCCGGGGCUGCGGCUGCUGGAGGCGCUCCUGCGCACCGUCUUCGGCCGCCAGGCGGGAGGCCCGGUGCAGGCGGCCGCCUACUGCCCCGGCCGCCCGGCCUCCAGCCUGGCGGUGCAAGCGGCCGCCUGCAGGGCCCUGCAAGCCGCGGGGCCUGGGCGACCAGAAGGAGCUGGGGAGAGGCCGGGCCUCCCGCGGCUGCUGGCCUGCUUCUCUUGGGGUCCCUGGAGCCAGAGAAAGGACCGAGAUGCCUCCUCCUCCCGAGGCCCUGCUCAGGACCACAUCCAGGACCCCGAGGAGCAGCUGGCCCUGACAGCCGUGUUUCCCAAUGGAGCCUGUGAGGACCUCACCAGUGGGUUAAAAGCCUGUGAUGGAGUCGUCCACACUCGCGCUGAGCCCACCAGAGACUCGAGAUGAAGGCUGGACCAUAGGGCUGACCUUGGCCCUGACCUACGGGCUGGGUCCUGGUUCCUCUCACUGAGCCCGCAUCUCACUGUUGACCACAGUGGCGACUGCAAAGACCCCUCCGGCCAGGGGCUGCCAUGUUCACCGUCACCAGUCAGGCCGCGGGACAAAGCCGACCUAAGAGAAGUCUCCUCCCCACUUAGCAUUGGCUCCCUUGCUGGUCACAGUGAGGUCGGUUUGUCUCUCUGUGCCUCAGUUUCUCUAAGCCAGUGAGACAGACGGCUCCCCUCGGGGCUCCGCCAUACUGUGGCCUCCUGGGUGUGUUUGCAGUGCUCUGGACACGUGCCCCAGAGUGCAGCUGGCAGGGUCCCUGAGCCACAAGUCAUCAGGUCAGAGGUGUGACCUUGAACAUGUUGUCGCUCCGUCUGAGCCUCCUGCUUCCCCAGUGCACGGGGGAGCUGCCAGCUCUGUCGCUUUCUCCAACCACGGGCCAGGCCCCCUUCCAGGCCGCACUGGAAACAAGUGCUUGUAUAAGGAGGAAGGUCACUGUGCCUGUGGGGCUUCCCUGGCACUGAGUGGACAUCCCGCAAUGUGCAGCCACAGUCUCCAACAGCAAAGAACUGGUCCUCUAAAACGUCAGGGUGACACCUCUGAGAAACUGGAGGAACCGAGCGCUUCUGCCUUCAAAUUCUAGGAAGGAUCGCCUGGAACACAAUGGCCUGGCUUCCUGGGACCUUGGCUCUCGGAGCAGGCCAGGGCCACAGCCCUCCGUGAGCCGCAGGGCAGGGACAGAAAUAGCUGUGCGUGCCUGUGAGAAGAAAGGGCCUCUCUCUCUUUCUCAUGUCGACGUUGCUUGUCUGUGCCAAGUUCUUUGAGGAUAAGAAUGCUGGGAGCUGCCCAUGGCACCCAACAGAAGGAAAGCCGAGGGCAGUAGGGCCCAGCACUGGCUCUAGGUCUCAGGUCUUAGCCAAGGUCAAAGCAGGCACAGCCCCGAGGUUCUUGCAGUCCUUUCUCUGUGUCUGAGCCAGACAGGGUAGAGGAGUUUCUCCUGCAGCCAGGACGGCCAUCUGUUCUCUCACAGAGGGAACCCUGGAUUACCCCGUGGCCUUCCUUGCCUGUCCCUGUAGGAGUGUGGCAUCUUCAGAAAGGCAAGAGCAGUCCUGGUUCUCCCUAGCGGGAAGCACUGUCCAAGUGAAGUCGCAGAAUUCAUCCACUAGCGCACACGGCUCCCAGCAGAUACACCACUGUGCCUACUCUGGGCCUAGCACCCCGCGAGGUGCUGCCUCUCUGAUUAGCUAUGCCAGCUCUCACGAUGGCGGUGCCAACGUUUGGAACGAGGAAGCAUCUUUGGCUGAUGUGUGGAAGGGACAGACCCUGCCUACCUGGUGGCUCAGUUUCUUCCCCGUAAUAGGGAGCCCAAUGCUGGGGAGGUGGGGGGAUGAGCGGAUAUCUUUGAGGUUGGCCGGCUGCAGGCGUUUCAAUUAUGCGGGGCUGUCACCCACACGAGGGCCCAGCUGGCUUCCUUCUGCACGAGAAAGAAGUCAAGGGACUUCGAGUCCUUGGUUCUACUGAUUUUGUUUCAAAAUGGGGAGACUGGUGUUUUUGAAGCUGCUGUAUCUUUCCAUUUUGUUAUUA